AUGUCGGCUACAGGGACUUUUCGGGGAACGCCCAAUAAGACGAUCGGUCGAGGGAGGCUGCCCGACUUCGGUAAUGAUCCUAGUGCCUCCCAUAUCCCCCGGCCCCGACCAGAAUCUUCAGCUACAACCCACACACCCUCUAGCGACGUUGGAAGUGGCACCAUGAGCGCCGCCAGCAGCAGACAGCGACAGAACCAGUCGAAGCGUGAUGAGGCUAUCCGCCGCAAGAUGGAGGCCGACCUCAACAAAAAGAGGAACGCUCCGGCCAAAUCACGAAACUCUCGUAAAGCCCCUCCCGGCACCGUUCUCGCCCUGAAGCCCAGUCAGGCGCUCCAGAUCAAGCCCGCCCUGAGCAUCGCCGAAGCCGCCCAGCUUAUGGCUGCCAAGAGAGAGGACUGCGUGCUGGUCACCGACGACAAUGAGCGCAUUGCUGGAAUCUUCACCGCCAAGGAUCUGGCUUUCCGUGUUAUCGGAAUGGGACUGAAGGCGCGUGAGGUUUCUGUCGCCGAAAUCAUGACCAAGAACCCUCUGUGCGCAAGAACCGACACCAGCGCUACCGACGCGCUCGACCUGAUGGUGCGGAAGGGAUUCCGACACUUGCCGGUGAUGGACGAGAACCAGGACAUUUCCGGUGUAUUGGAUAUUACCAAGUGCUUCUAUGAUGCUAUGGAGAAGUUAGAGCGUGCGUACAGCUCUUCCCGCAAGCUGUACGAUGCGCUGGAAGGUGUGCAGACAGAGCUCGGUUCCAGUCAACCCCAGCAGGUGAUUCAAUACGUUGAGGCCUUGCGAUCUAAGAUGUCUGGUCCGACUCUGGAGAGCGUUUUGGACGGCAUGCCUCCUGUCACUGUCUCUGUCCGUACCACCGUGAAGGAUGCUGCGGCUCUCAUGAAGGAAAACCACACCACUGCCUUGCUCGUCCAAGACCAAGGCUCCAUCACAGGUAUCUUCACCAGCAAAGACAUCGUGCUUCGUGUCAUCGCACCUGGACUCGACCCUGCCACCUGCAGUGUUGUUCGUGUUAUGACUCCUCACCCCGACUUUGCUCCUUCGGAUAUGAGCAUCCAAGCCGCUCUUCGUAAGAUGCACGAUGGUCACUAUCUCAAUCUUCCCGUGAUGAACGAGGGUGGUGAGAUCGUCGGUAUGGUCGAUGUGUUGAAACUCACCUAUGCCACUCUUGAACAGAUCAACACGAUGUCGACGCAGGAUGACGAGGGUCCCGCAUGGAACAAGUUCUGGCUAUCAAUGGACCACGAAUCCGAUUCUAUGGUCUCAGGUAGUCAGAGCCAGCAGCCGCAUACCCCACACCGCUCUGUCAUGAGCCCCGACAUGACUCGCUCGGGCUAUGAUAACAGUCUUCUCCCCAACGACUCGGCAUCCCAUCACGGCGAUGAACACUCCGAAGUUGCAUCCCAGCAUCACGCAGAGCCUGCGGCUCCCACUCCUUUCCCAUUCAAGUUCAAGGCCCCGGGUGGCCGUGUGCACCGUGUGAACGUACUCACCGCCAACGGUGUCACCGACCUUGUGUCGCAAGUCACCGCAAAGCUUGGAAAAGAAGUCGAGGCCGUGGGAGGAGAGGCUACAGUCCAGGAUGGCACACUGAGCAACACUGGAUAUGCUCUCAGCUACAUGGACAACGAGGGUGACACCGUCUCUAUCACCACUGAUCAAGAUAUGACUGAUGCCAUUGAUCUGGCACGUCAUACUCAUCGGGACAAGGUCGAUCUCUUUGUCCACGAUCCUUCCCAACCCCCUAUUCCUGCCACUCUUGAGCCUCAGCCGGUUAAGAUCAUGACUCCUGUUGAGGAGCAGAGUGUCUUCGAGGAGCAGCCCUCGGAAGUAUCACCCUCCCCGGAAAAGACACGGCCCCAGCAACAAUCUGUCCCCUCCCAAUCACCCGAUGAGCAGUUGAUCGCUGGUGUCCCCAAUGACUUGCUCCUUCCCGGUGCCAUUGUGACCCUGGCUGCGGUUAUUGCGGGUGUGUUCAUCCUCAGCCGUCCUAGUGGCCGUUAA